CUGUGACUUACCUAAAACUAUACGCUCACUUUGUCAACAUCCUUUUGGCCCAUUUAGAUAAAAACUAAGAAUCCUGUUUCGUCAAGCUACUUAACCAAUGAGGUUACACUGAGGAACCUCAAGUGGCGAAUUUUUGCAGAGAUCACCACACGUGAGACAGAGCGAUCAGCUCAACGUUCAGGAUAACUGACUUAGCCCACCUCGGUGUAUGUGAAGCAUUUCCAGACCCUCCAACCAACUCAACAUCAGCUACUUCUCUGUGUCCUGAUUAAGGUCCUCCCAAGAAAGACUUCAUUGGAUCCACGCUCAAGAGGACUCUACCAGGUUUUCCUGACCCCCCUCCAUCACUGUAAAGUGCCAAGGCGUUAAGACUUGGGUACCUGUGUUACAACAACAAGUGCCAGCGCCCACAAAAGACCCAUUGGACCUGUCAGCUCCUCUGUUUCACCAAGCAGACGUAAUAAUUUACCAGCAAAGCAGAGUAAGCCAAGUGCCUCUGCAUGAUACCACCAGCUGAUAACACACAAGGAGAAAUAACUAAUUUAGACUAGAGCCCCAUCUUUUCUUGAGAAGCUGGGAUUUCAAGGAACUAUUCUGAGAUCUGUGCUGCUAAUAAGCGACUGACAACAUUAUAGACGAAAUCGGUCCCUGGGUUCAGAGACUGAGUUGCAAUUGAGUGAAAAACAGACAACGAAAUCUUGAAGAAUUGCACGGAGGUGCAAGCCAAAUUUAACUCUGGUUGCCAAGUAUUUUCAGACUGAGAAAUUGCUAAACCAGACCUGUAAUAGGACUGGUUAUUUGGGUAUCUGUGUCAUUGUUGCCUCUUACUGUUACAUUGCUUUCUGUGUUGUUUUUCUAGGCCCAGAUGUUCUCAGAUAAUUCACAUUGCCCUGACUGUGGACAACAGUGGUUCCCUAGUUUAGAACUAGGCCAUUGGUUGUACCAGACUGAACUUGUUGAAAAUGAAUGUUACCAAGUAUUCUUAGACCGUAUUAACAGAGCUGAUUAUUGCCCUGAGUGUUACCCUGAUAACCCUGCUAAUAGAAGUCUUGUUCUUCCUUGGUCUUUCCCACUUGAGUGGGCUCCCCAAAAUCUUACCAGAUGGACCUUUGAAAAAGCUUGCCACCCAUUUCUUCUGGGUCCUCCACUGGUUAGAAAAAGGAUCCAUGACUCUAGAGUAGCUGGUUUUAACCCUGCAUUGCAGUUAAUCUUGACCAGAACAGAUAAAACCUUGAACAAAAAACUUGGCCAAAACAAAUAACUUCUUAAACAUUCAAAAUCAUGGAGACUCUAGAGUUUUGUACUCGUAGCCCAAGGAAGAUGGAAAAAAGACUCCUUCCUAAAUAUGAUAUAGACUGUCACUACCUUGGGGACCUGCUUAUUAAAUUGUUGGAUCUGCUCCCGUGGUCUACACAUAUUUUGUUCAGCAUGAAUUUAGUCAGUAUUCCAGCCAGACCGUUCAUCUAGAACCAGUCUAAUCCAUGUUCCCUAUGUUUUGGAAUUCGCUUACCCCUCCUAGAAAGCUCCACAGUCUUAUUGUGGACAUAUGACAGGGUAGUCCUGGAGGAGAGGCCCUAUACUGUAUGUACCAUAAUGAUACUUCUCGUGAUAACUUUUGUGGGAAAGCAUCCCUAAUAGCUGGAUUGUAGAUUAUUCCAGUAAAACAGCUAGAUAUUUUAAUAAGAAACUACAUUGUUCUAAAUUCCAUCUCUUAUACAUUAACCCGUGGUAACACUUACAUAGGUUAUACAAAAACGUGCAGAAAUACCAUUAUCUAUAUUCACUUGGCUCUGCAUAAGCAAAGACUAUCCUGUCUUUGUGGUGACUGAACUUAGAAUGUCUUCCCCUGGAAAUGGAAAAGUACUUAUACUAUGAUAUGAGAUAGAUGAUGAAAGGCGGUAUCAAGCUUGACUCCAUAGAUACUAUGAACAGUCUAGGGGAAGCAUCUCUCUCAGAACUAAGAAUGUUUUGCUGGACAUUGACCACAUUCUGGUCUUCACUUGUUUAUGAGAAUCAUGGAACCACAGUAUAGGAGAAACGUAGAAAAAUCUGUUGAAAACAUCUCAGAGGCCACUGAACAAUUGUAAAAUCCCUCUUGAGAUACUAGAUAAUUCAGUGCUUGUGUAGCGGCUCAACAAUGUUCGUAAGGUCCCAGGCUCUUUCUGUUCUUCCCCCCUGGGAUCCUUAUGGAAGCUUUUUGUCCUUAUAGUUGUUUCCCCAGUGAGUACAGUGUGGCUGUUGCUGUUACAGACAUUUCAUUCCCAAUCAAAGGCCGGAAGUAGGAUACAGAAUGCUUUUUCCUUUCAAGUUUUUUUUUUAUUUGGGGAAAAAAAUAUUUCUCCAAAGUCCCUUGCAGAUUUUCAUCUUAAAUCUCAUUAGAAGGUACUGGUUCACAAGAGAGCCUGAGAGGCCUGGCAAAGGGGAAUGGGGUGAGCAAUGCCUGGGUAAGAUAUAUUGUGUCCCCUAAUAAAAUCAGGGCUCUUUUAGGAAGGGAUAAGCGAGGAAUGGCUAUUGGUAUGCAACAAAUGCCUACCACAUGUUGUGCAACCUGAAGUUGUUAUUCUGUAUAAAGGAUGUACCCUGGAGAUCUACCCUGUAUCUGCCUUAUGUCUAUCAAAAUGGAACUUCUCUCUUGUUACAUUGCUGAAUAAAGUGUGUGGACUGCUA